UCAAUAUGGGGAAAUUCCUCCAAAUAUAGUGUUUGAUAUUGGGAUAUGCGAUAUAGAAACAAUAGAAGUAUCACAUACUAUGACCCAUGCGCUGACCUUGGUAUUAGCUAAGGAUAGUGAGAUUGUAUACGAAGGAGCCAGAGAAGAUUACUUUGAUGUGUGCGGCUGGCUAAUGCGCUAUAUAUGGCGAGGGCGUCCCCCAGAAUCGCUUCCUGACGAAUUCCCUCGGUCAACGGCCUUGCUGGGAUUACUUACUCAAGCCGCUCGCCUCACGAAAGGCAGACACGGUGCACAGCGCACAAGGCCCUUGGCCACGAGGCCCGUGCCGCACGCGCGCUCGCUCACACUCAACGUUCUGUCUGGUUCCAGCGGCGCCAGCGUGAAUGCCCAAGACGUCAGCGGCAAAUCGGUGCUGCACACGGCGGUGCGCCAGGGCAGCCCCAUGGUGGGCCUGCUGGUGGACAGAGGCGCGUCCGUGGUCUGCCGCGAUUCCAAGAACGGCCGCACGCCCAUCCAUAUCGCCGCCGAGUUGGGCGCGAAGGAAAUCUUGGAGAUGCUCUUGCAGAAGUGUCCGAAGGGCCUGCUGUCAAAUCCUGCUGCGCCACGGUGCCAGCCCCUUGGCCAGGAACAAGCUCAACGAGACCGCCCUCCACAUCGCCGUCAGGAACUGCUACAAGCUCACCUGCGAGAUCCUCCUGUCGCACGAGCACGACCUCAACAAACAAAGACACAACACGGAUUCACGCCGCUCAUACGCAUUACGACUUGCAAAAAAUUCGAUGCCGAAAAGGUCCUGCUCCUCCUGCUGGAGAGGCGGCCGGACCUGAACGCGACGUGCCCCAACGGAGACACGGCGCUGCAUCACGCUGUGAAAAGUGGCAGUCAGGAAAAGUGCCGCAUCCUGGUGGAGGCGGGCGUGGAUUGUAACGUGCAGAACAAGAACGGCAUGACGCCCCUCCACAUCGCCGCGAAGAAGAAGCUCCCGGAGUGCUGCGCCGCCAUCCUGCGCCUCCCUUACGAAGAGAUCUUCCUGACCUCGGCCAGCUCUGACCUGGACGGGCGGGAGAGCGUCAGGGGCGGCGCCGACGGCGAGAGAAGCCGGCUCAGCCUCGACGUGAGCACGGAGAGCAUUCGGGACACGGAGCGCACCGCCAAGACCAAGGUCGACGUCAACAUCAAGGACAACCACGACAUGGCGCCCCUGCACUAUGCCCUGGAGAAGCAGUCGGUGGAAUGCUGCCUGCUGGUCAUCAAGGCGCGCGCCAAUGUCUCCCUGAUCAGCAGCGGCAUGAACAGGCCCCUGCACUUAGCGGCAGCGGCUGGGUUGGACAGGGCGUGCAGUCGCAUCCUUGCCAAAGGGGCGUCCGCGAAGGAGGAGAACGACAUGAAGGAGACGCCGCUGCACCUGGCCGCGAAAGCCGGGUCCUUGGCCUGCUGUCGCUUGAUCUACAGGAGCGGCGCCAACUGCAAUGCCCUGGACAAGAACGGCAUGACGCCCUUGCAUCACGCGGCCAGAAUAGGCGCCGAGGACUGCUGCCGCUUUUUCCUGGCGAAGAGGGUCAACAUCCUGCGCGACUGUAUCGGAAGGACGCCGCUGCACAUCGCCGCAGCCGAGGGACACUUAAGCUGCUGUGAGCUCAUGCUCACCGCCGAAACCAGCUGGCAACUGGACGUCAUGGACUGCCAUGGCUACACGCCCCUCUUCCGCGCCUUCGAGAACAAGUGGGAUGACGUGUUCGUCUUCCUCCUGCUGAAGUUCCAGCAUCGAGCCCCCAGAAACCAGCAUCGGCCGAGAAAGGACUCGCUGCGACUCCUCAAGUCUUCGGGAUCAGGCGACUUGAGUCACAGGAUCAGCGCGGCCGAACAGAGUACCAGCCAGAACGACAUGAGCCUCGUCCUCAGUCGGUGCAUUCAGGAAAGGCGAAGCAAGGCCGUUGAGGGGAUCGUCAGGAGCGAAUUCUGGGGGGACGCCCUCGCGCCCACCGCCGCCCAUCAAAGCAACUUCCGGCUCCUCAUCAUUCACUAUCCUGAGCUUGCCAAGGUCGUGCUGGACAACUGCGUGCUGAGUCGCCCGUCUUGCAAGGUGUUCCUCUUCUACUUCUUGGACGAUACGUUCACCGUCCCGACGAUCGUCACGAGCCCUGACAGGAAACUCAGAAACAAUUCUUUCCACUUCUACUCGACGCUCCUCUCGCGGGCGUGGGCGGCGACGAGGGCGAGGCUAAGGGCGCGCACCGGGAAUGCUCUGGACAAAGUCUCCUCUGCGUUCGACAGGAUCUCGAGCAAGUUCUGGGGCGCCGUGAUUUUCCCGUCGGACUUCGGUUCCGUCGAUGCGGGCGGAGGCGCGGCAGAGGACCUUGGACUUCCCGAUCGACCUGCUUGGUGCCCCUUCACUCCUGAGGGAUGGUUGGAGGACAGCGCCACGCUCAAGGACGACUCGGAGGACACCUGGAGGAACGAACACCCGCUCAGCCUCAUGGCCAAGCACAAGCGACUCGACCUCCUGAAGCAUCCUCUGUGCCAGCGCUUCGUCAGCUACAAGUGGGAGAGGUACAUCUGGCGCGUGUUCUAUGCGCUGUUCCUCCUGCCGUCUCUCUUCGUCGUGGCGCUCUCUGUCUACGGCACGAUGGCCUAUGACUGGGACUACGUCUUGCAAGAAUUCAACAUCAGCCGAGGCCAGUUAUGCAGCAGCGAAGGGGCGGGGCGGGGCGAGUGCCGGUCGCCGGGCGGCGCCGCCUUCCGACGCAGCUUUGCGGCCGACGAGUGUUUGGCCGAAGGGAAGGCGGCGGGAUACGGGCCUAACGAAGUCCUUGCGAUCCUGAGGGAGAGCCAGAUCAACCUGAAUCUUCUAGAAAAGUUCGUUUGGUUGAUGCUGCUCCUCAAAGUGGGCCUCGAAGCUCAGAAACUCCAUCACCUACGAAGGACAAACCUAGAAAAAUGUUUGCAAUUGGCGUGCUAUCUGACCUCUGCAGUGUUCUUGUACAACUGGACGGAGUGCUCUCAGGUCACGGGGGUGAAAGAGGACCUGCAGUGGAGUUGCGGGUCGCUGGCUGUGCUGGUGGCGUGGUUCGACCUGAUCCUCAUGCUGGGCACGAUCCCCACCUUCGGCGUCUUCGUCUUCAUGAUAAACGACUUCCUGCGCUUCAUGCUCAAGCUGUUUGUGAUCGUGCUCCUGCAAGUGAUCGCCUUCUCCUUCGCCUUCCACAUGCUCCUGCGCGGGAGGGCCUCCUUCAGGAACCUGCCUCGCGCGACCAUGAAGAUCGUGACGAUGAUGCUGGGCGACCUGGGCUACGACGACCUGUUCAACAACACGGAGAGCCCACUGCCGUACCCGAUGGUGAGCAACCUCGUCCUUGUCUACUUCCUCUUCCUCAUGGUCAUCGGCAUGAUCAACAUCCUGACGAACUUCCCGCAAGAGGUUCUGGACAAGGCGAAGAAGCAGACAGAGCUCAUGAAGCUGUCGAGGCCGCUCAAAGCCGUCCUGGAGAUGGACUCCAAGUUCCCUCUGCUGCGGAGGAGGUACACCGUGGGCUGGGUGGUGGACGGCCCGCAGAAGGAGGAUGAGGUGGACGGCAAACAGAGGAAGGACGGCGAGGAGGGCAGCGACAGCGACGAGGAUGCCCUCGGAGAACCUCAUCGCUGCUGCUCCUGCAGGAAGGAGCCUUCCGAGAACCUCCUUCUCAAGAUCCUGAACGAGGUGAGCGCCCUCAGCGAGAACCUCGAGGAUAGGAGGUACUUUUCGCCUCACCGCCGCUCGAACAGCACCAGGGGAAGCAGGAGCUGAGGGCCGCAGCUCGCCAGGCGAGGCGCUUGACGAAGAGCACCCCGAUGCCCGGCCCUGCGAGUGUUCUUAGUCUCCCUUUUUGCCGUCGAGCUCCAGAGGCAUCGCUCAGUUUUGUUAAUGUUUCUGUCACUGGCUUUAUUAUCAUCGCAUGUUCUAUUAUCUGGAUCUAUUCUGGCGUACGCACAGCUUUAUUAUAGGACGAUACACUAUCAGCAUGGUGUCAGUCAGUCGUGGCAGCAGCCUCAUUCCACCAGAAAUGUUCGUAAGUGGAGCCCUUCCCUCUUGAUUUAGGUAGUUGUGUGGAACCAUACCACUGCCACGCAUACAUUUGCCUUAUUAAAGUUGUGUUUACUAUGUUUUAUCACUCGUCACAAAAAAACGGUGUUGUUCAAACGUGACCUUACUACGCAACUACACAUCUCUAGACUCUCUUUUGUGAAUAAUAAUACAAAUAGGAAUGAAACAGCAAUAAACUUAUUACUAUGUUGAAUAAAAAGAUAUAGUAACGUGCAUGCAAAAAUGAACAUAAUAUAAACUGUAAGAGAAGACAAAUAGACGAAGAAUCAUCAUGAACAUUUAAGCAGAGAAUCCAUGUAGUCUUUUGAUUCGUAUGAUGAGGAUUCCAGAUAACUUCGAAAUGUUUUGAUUAUUAGUUUUUUAAUUUUGCGGUUGUGUAUAUUUUAUUUCAUUAUACAUCUUUUGUGUAUAGUUGGUAUUGCCAAUAUUAUUGUUCAAAACUGCUUUUUAUAUAUAUUAUGGUUUUGUUACAUAAUGUUUCCAUGUAAAUAAACCGUAAGGGAAUACACAGUGAA